ACACACACUCUGACACACACUCAGAUUAGCACAGGACCGUCUUACACACAACUCUGUCUUCCUGGGAUAUGAACACUCUCGUCCUCACCUGCCUCCUCUGCUUCGGUAAGUCUGGACUUGUACUGGUACUCAAUAUGUGUGAGUGUGUAUGCAGAGAGUUUAGAUCAAUGAAAUGCCAGAAGAGAAAUGCAGAAAGGUAUGAGGAAGAGGAAAGGAGUGAAGGAAGGAGGAAUUGUCUCUGCAGGUGUGGACUAGUCACACAAAAGUUAAGUUUAGAGUGAAAAGGGUGUUAAAUGGCACCUCUGGCUAGUAAAAUCCACCAAAAGACUUGUUUGUAAUCAGUUCAUCUCACUGAUGAGCCUCAAUCACUUGUAUAUUUGGAAUGGAGUUACAUUAUGCUGCUAUAUGCGCUUUUACUGGUGUCACUGUAGUAAAAUUAGAGACUUUAACUGUUUCUAAAGCUGCUGUGAGGAGUUUUUAGCCGUUAAAGAAACAGACUGAGGUUAAUACUGAUGACUUUAUUACAACUAAAAAGUCAAAAGAGACUAUCAGAGAGAAAGGAGUUAUUGACUCUAUCAUAAUUUUUCAUGCCUGUAACUUCUGUUGUGCGUAGGUGUCAAGGAGAUUGACAGCAAAGUGCAAAUCAGACUUUUCAUUACUGUGAUAGAUUCACAGCAAAUCUAACAUUUGACUAUUGAAAGACGCAUUCAAACAUGUUCAGUACAAGCAAAAAUUAAAAAAAAUACCACUUAGUCAACAAGUUUCAGAGAAGCUUCAAAGUUUUAUGAUAAAGGAGUCAAGGUUUUUUCUUGAAGUAAAAAGUCAGUAAAAUGUAGAGAUUUAAACUAAGGUUGAUGUUUAUCUAAAGUAUAUCUAUCUUGUACUCAUUUUUAUUAACAUUUAUCAUGAACUUCUUUGGUUUGAUUAUAGCAUUAAAAAAAGUCUUCAUGCUCUCAAAUGGACCUGAGGAGUCUUUUGACAUUUAUUAAAUAGACUGAAAUUUACCUUGAUACAUUUUUAUGACAUUGAAAACCAAACAAGACCAUCAGCAGCAGCACUGAUAGUUUUUAUUUAUAAUUUUUAAUACCUGAAGGUGAUAUGAGGGGGUAGGUGUCAGAUAAGCAGCUGUGAAAGUGACUGGUUUUUUACAUUUUCCAUGUAAAAUAUUCACGUUAAACAACACAUUUUACCAUCAAAAGUCAGAAGGAUGAGAAUUUUUUUUCAGGAGAUACUACAUGACCAUGUAGAUGACAUGACUGCCUUGUCCAUAAGGGGCACCAAAAAUGGACCAAAAGGCAGAGGUCCUCGCAGGAAAAAUCAAACUGCAUCAUAGGAGAUAAAGUUGGACUCCCAACUGACUCUUACUCCUUUGUUAAAUAUGUCUGACUGAUGUGAAUAUCUCACUCUACUCUGUAUAUGUCUGCUUGUUUUAACAGUAGUCUACAGAGCUCUUGGUGCUCAGGGAUCUGAGGCCACCCUCACCACUGCACUAACUGGAGUAACAGGGGGUACGGCCUCUGGGGAGGGCCUCCCAAGUUCGAUGAACUAUGAGGACGAGCUGGAAAUAGACGGAGAACUGUCAGGAGGAGACAACGAGAACUUCAGCUCUUAUGGUACGACCACCUACACCAACCUUUGUCGUUAGCCUUGAUGUGGAGUAUUAAAAAAACACGGUUAUCUGGGCUAACACUGUUGACAGAAAAGUCUUAAUGUGUAGCUGACAGUCUCAUAUACUAAAUGACCAAAAUAAGUUUUUUAGAAAGUACAACCCAGCAGUCAUUUAUGAGUGGUUUUUGGUAUACUUUUAGAAACUUUUCUUAAGCCCACACUGAUACAAUUACACUUCCUCCUCCUACACACAGACUUACACCCCGGUAAAGAUGACAAGAGGAAAAGGAGAGGCAAAGGCAAGAAGAAGAACCGGCUCAGGAGCAAAGGCACAACUCCAUUCAACCCCGAGCACACGUUUUUCACCAACGGACACGCAUCGACUCACUUCUCAACCCACUCAUCGACUCACAGCACCACAGAGGAUCCCUGCACAACCACCCACCUGGGCUACUGCAUUCACGGCCACUGCAAGCACAUAGAGGGCCUGCAAGAGCCAGUGUGCAUGUGAGUACUGUCUCAGUUUCAUAUCUUUGCAUGUUCAACCGUACAAACUCCAUGUUGAGGUGUAAUGUUGGACCGUUUUUAUAAAUGUGUUGCAAUAACUUCACUCUGCAGAUGCAUUAAGGGUUACGAUGGGGAGCGCUGUGGGAUCCAAACCCUGGGGAGCAAAGUGACAACCCAGGACAACACUGAGUUGGUGCAGACGGUCUUGGUGAUCAUUGCCGUGGUCCUGUCAGUCAUAAGCUGCUUGGCCAUCCUGCUUAUGACCUGUGCUCAGUAAGUCCACACUCUUACGCUCAUUUAGAGUUAACCUUCUUGUUGCAGGUCGGGAGAAAGGAAAGGAUCUUAAACAAAACUCCUCAAUAAUCAGUAGAAAAGAUGUUAGUAUAGGGAAGAACAUUUCUGCUGCCAUUUAUCCAUUCCUCCAGGCUUGGUCGAAUUUAGCACUUCCAAUGCGAUCAAGAGGAAGACCGAGAUUUCUACCCUAAAACGUUAAUAAUUCAGAAAAAAGCUUUAGAAUUGUUGGAAAAGUCUAAAUGGAUCUAUUAAGACACAACAAUCAUCACUAAAUAAGAGUCAAAUGUUGAGUUUAAAGCAAAAUCCAUGAGAAAUCAGCAUGGACGCAUUCGAGAUGCAGACAGGGUCUGGGUCUUGAUGUUGAUCCAAUCUCAGAGAAUACGUUUUGAGUGAUGUAAAUAAAUCCUUUCUCUUUAUUCUUUGUGGGUAUUUUAUUCUUCACAAGUGUAAAGACCCGAUGCCAAUGGUUUGACACAAACCCCCCCAUUUUCGUCUUUAAGCUCGUAGACCAUUGUUGGGCAGAUUAUUGAAACUUUGAGCAAACAUCCACAAGGAAAACCGUCCACACCCUGGCGAAUCCACUCUGAACGCAACACAACUCACACAUCCUGCCCAGAAACACUUCCUUGGCAUUCAGACACACUGACACAUUGAAAAGCACAUUUACAACAACACACCCAUUUACAACACACCCAUAAUAUAACAGUAUUGCUCACCACCUACCUGGGGUUGACUCAGUAACUUCUGGCAUCGUGUCUUGGUUUGUAUUGUAGUCAGCUGAGCCACCAUCAUAUGUCAUAUUAGUGAAAUUAUAUAACGUUUUUCAAGCUUUCUUUAAAACUUUAGUCUUCGUCUCUGAAAGUGUCUAACUGUAUACUCACGGGUCCUUAUCAGUGUCGCACCAAAUCACAGCUUUUGUUGGAGUGUAGGACAAAGUCAACAGUCCAAUCCCCUACAGCAGUGUAAUUAAACUUUACAGCUAAAGUAAGUCAAAGUGGAACUAAUUACUGUGAGAGCGAAACUACCUCUUAUCCACCUUCACAUCAAGACCGACAGAAAAUCAAAAGCUGGGUUUAUUGUUGUAAAGAAGGAGCGGUAUUUCUUAGAAAUGUAUGCCAGUACAUGACAAAAACGUGGUUCAAAUUUCAAUUCUCUCACUGAAUCUUGCAAUCACGCCUUUCAAAACAACUUCAUAGCUAUCAUCUGAUGAUCACAAGUGCUUUUCUCUUUUAUGUGUCUCAUCUUGAACGCCUUUUGUAGUUACAGAUCACAUAAAAACUUCCUGGCAUCCUACCUGGGAACUGGGUCGGAGCAGGAAAAGCUGCAGAAACCAAUGGCCGACGCUGUCGUGUGAGGGCGGAGCGUUACAACAAGGUAGGUGUGCGUUGAGGUUUUGACCCACUUUUCCUCACAAAAACACAAUCAUCUACUGCGUUCUUUGAACCGAGGUCAUACAGCCACAAAUCAAUUCAGUUAUAACAGCAUCAAAACACCUUUUCAGACUCUGUGAAGACAGCGCAAAAAUACACAAAUACACAACCGACAAAGCAAACCCGCUUUUGACGUUGUUAGCUGAGCGGCUAAACAAGGUACCAAAGGGAGGCUAAAUUUACAAGAGCCUCAUAAAACUUUGACUAAAACUGUAGCUCCAUGAUACAUGAAGUCAAAAUCAAACAGCAUCAUGUAUGCAGAGGUGUAAUCAGACAUGGAUGUGUUUCUGUUUGCAUAUUUUGAUGAUGUACAACAUUCAGAAGUAUUGCCCAACUCUUCAGGUGAUGAUUUUGGCCUCUUCUCACGUGAGAUUUAGGCUUAACAGGGAGGAAUGUGCCCAAAGACUUACAUCCAUGUGCCUGUUGUUGUUUUUGAAUGAAGCAAGUUGCAUCACGCAAAGAGGAAUCCCCACUACGGGAAUUAGCCUGGAUUAACCACGGAGCGUCUCAGCCCGUCCCAUCUCUGCGCGGCGUAGAGCAAAACCACUCUGUACACAUUCACCCGUGUGUCCACACAGUAACAGUACUGACACACUGACUGAACGUGAUGACCUUGGUGUAAGGGUUUAAUCGCUCUGCUUUACAUGUGGUCAGAUCUCACUGAACAUCACACGCACACACGCCUGCAGAUGGCACGUGUUUCGCCACAUGGAAAUUUUUUAGACUCCAGACGCGCGAUGUGGCCUUGCAGCAUUCUCAUCAUAGCUCACAAAAUGCUCAGUACUACAAAGUGUAACAAAGCACAUGAAAUAGCUGUGAUUCUAGGGAACAUAUCCUUUAACUUAGUAUUUAUCAGACAUGCUCUGAGUUAGGCAAACAAGACAGUGAAUUAAGAAUAUUCAAACCCCUUUAAGAGUAUGUCAACACGUGAACAAUCACAAAACACUGAGCCUCUAACCUGGUCUAGAAAGACUCACAAUUAUAAUUCUAAUUUCACUGAAAAUUUACACUAACUGGAAAUUUUCUGUGUAGUUUGCGGCUCCUACAUCGCCUCCCCAUCAUAAGUAGUGACUAUAAUUAGUUUUGUGAAACAUCCUUGUAUGAUAAAAGUGUUUUGUCUGCAUGUAAACUCUGACUGACUUUUCAUUUCUCCCUCUUUUUUCAGCCAGAUGCAAGUUUCGAAGACGAAGCAGACGAAGAAGUCUGAAGACCAGAGGGAUGGAGGAGGGGAGGAGGGGAUAGACUGCUUUAUUAGACGCUGUGUAUAAAAAAAAAGUUAGGAUGUAAUUUAUUUAGUGUGAUUAUUUAUUGCUAAAAACUUUGAGUAUUUAUAAGUUGCACUGCUGUUAUCAUGUCCGUUAUUUCCUUUAACGUUCUGUAGGUUCGGUUUUAUUUAUUGCACUGCUGUUGUUAUAGGUCAGACAAACACUCUUGGUCUCAUUCUGGAAAUGAGAUUGAGCUUGAUCACCAAUAAACUGUCUCAGUGUUAUGUGAAAG